AUGGGCCAGGAAAUCGAUAGCCAUACCUGGUUUUGUGAUGAUCUGGAUAGCCCUGGCUCUGCAUAUGAAAGAAUGACUCGGAAACAUUUCCAGUUCUCUGGGAUUUCACGCAGCCAUUGCGGGACCAAGGCGCUGGGUGCUAGUAUCAAGAUCGGCUUGUUCUGCUUGUCUGAUCCGUUCAGCGCUUAA